AUGUCUUCGAUUUUUGCAGUCCCAGUGGACAGAAUUGUCCAACAGAGAGACGAGCGAGAGGUGAGUUAUCGCCGCUGCGGAUUUUACCAUAAUCUUACCCUGUCUUGCUAACAAAUAACGUUUAAAUAGGAAAAUUCUACAAUCAGAGUUAUGCCUCGAAGGAAUUUCACUUCGAAAUUAAAUGUUCACGAAACAGAGCAAGCGUUUUAGUUAAUUCAUAGUCUUUAUCAUUGUAAUAACUGUUUUCUGUUAGGAAAUGAAUCGUAUUGAUAGCGCUUUCCUCACGUCAACGGGAAAAUGAUAUUUUCCUUAAAUCCCUUGAGUGUGUCUGGGAGGAUUUUCAGUUUGGCUUCUAAUUAAGAAAUUCUUUAAGAGAAAUGUAUUACAUUUAGCUUAGUCAGUACAAAAUCACGGCUUUUCUCAUUUAUGUCCUGAGCUUGCUAGAAGAGAGUAGCAAACUUUACAACUGUUUUCGGCAGAUUCUGUAAGUUUUUCUAAAUGGUAAAUAAUUUGCGAUCCGCGUCAAUUAAUUUGCACAAGGUUAAAAUAACAUUUACUGACCACUAAGGAACGUACUGAGUACAAUCGUGACGGUCAUAUGUUUUUGUUUUACAUAGGCUGUUGAUAAGAGCUUUAAACUAUCCUGCGUCCAAGAUCUAGAGAAGCCAACAAGUAUCUUCUCCUUACAAUAUCAAUAUAUUUUCUCGCAGAAAAGUGAGGAGAGGAUCAAAAUAUCAAUAGGGACAUUAGGUUUGAUCCUGAUAACACCAAAUUAUUGUAGCUAAACUAUGAAUUCACGUAGACAAAGGUGUAAGAAAGAUAUGACUGGAAACGUGGAGAAAUUUUGAUGAGUUCCUUUGAGAGAAAUAGUAUAAUCUGCUUUUAUUCGAUACCUUUGCACAAUGGGAUUUGAUUUCUUCUUUAAUGUUCCUGUUAAGCUGAAACGGGGCCAUUUCCUUCAACUAUUGUCACUGAAACGGGGUCAAUAGCUCAUAUGACAUCAUUGAACACAGCGAGCGAUUAGCUUUCAAUACCAAUUUCAAACUGGCAGGAAACCAACGUAUUCCUUUUCCUAAAGUACGCGACGGAAAAAUUGUCAGCGGUUGAACGAGGCUGUCUGACUUCAGAGGCCUGGAAGUGACUAAAAGAAAAGUGAAGUAAUUUCGUGCAAGAUUCUAAGAUUUAAAAUUUGAGGUGAAAUAGCCAUUGACCCCCAUAUGAUGUCUUACAGACACAAUGGACAUUAAGAUCUUCAGCCUUAGUAACAGGUGUCAAAGAAAAUAAUUCACACAGGCAGAAUAUUCCUGUGCAUACCUGAUUUAUAGCCAGCAGAUCAGAUGCUCGAAAUUUAUGUGACUACAAGCUACAUUAUUAGCAUUUUUUACCUUUUUAAGUAACGAAAGCAAUGCAUCAUUCUCAAUCUUGUUGCAGAUUUCCAUCGAUGAGCUGGAAUCGCAGGUAAUAUUCUAAUUAAUUUUUGAUAUCAUUAGCAUGCAUGACGCAAUUAAACUACUUAUGCUCAGUAUUUGCGACCUGUCAAUAUGAAGCAUUUUCCACUCGAUUUACAGCUGGAGGAAAUUGAAAAUCAUAUCGAUGCAAUGCGGACAAAGAUGAAGGAAGAAGCUCAAAACGAAAAUGUCGAUCCCAUCAAAGGUGGGUACACUCAGUUUAGUAAGGAGGGCGAAGAGGGAUUAGAAAGAACAAUACCGCAUCUACAUUUGAUUUCUAACUAAUUUUUUAUCUGAAUCCCUCAUGAAAGCGUUUAAAUCUCGUUCCUUAAGGUCGACAUGGGUUGGCAUACAAAAUAAUCGAUAUUUUUUCUCUCCAGAGGCUCAUCCCACGCCACCCACGCCACCCACGCCAUCCAAGCCAUCCACGCCACACGAGCCAUCCACGCUACUCAAGUCAUCCACGUCACCCACGCCACCCGAGCCAUCCACACCAAGGAAGCGUGAAACAGAAACAAAAAUGCCAACGCCCCUGAUGACAAAAUCUGAGGCUUAUAAAACUGAGACUGUGAAACCUUCCAGGCCGGUGAAAUUUGAAGAAGAAGUAGAGCAUCCAAGCAAAGAAGAAGUUACAGUAGCUUCUGUCAAGAUUUCCGCCGAGGGGAAAAAAGUUUCUCCUGUCGGCGAAAUAGAAAAGCUCGAGGAAGAAAACAGCAACAAGAAAGAAAAAUUUGAAGUUGCCAAGAAAAUUGAAAUCAAAGCGGCAGCAAACGAUGAGAUGGAAAGGGAAGAGGCGGCUCUUGAGGGCGAAGACAGAGAAACGCCUGGGAAAGAAUUUGUCGUAACGAAGAUAACAAAAGAAACAAAACAUUUAAGCGGCAAAUCAGUUGCAAAUGAUGAAGGAGAUGAAGAAGAAGCAGAUCUUGAAAGUGAAAGACGACCUGCAAGCUCAGGUACGAUGGAAAAAGGCAACACAGAAAAAGGCUCAGCCAAACUUUCUACCAAGGUUAAAAAGAUAACGUCAAGUUCCACCCCUUCUAAAAAUACAGAAAAGGUAACACUCGUCAAAGUGGAACGUGUCCCAUCAAGAACAACCAUCGAGGCUAAACGAAGUGAAGUCCGGCAGGAAGAUGAAGAAGAUGAAGACCUGAAAGCGGAUAAGGUACAAAAGUCUACAGACGGUGAAAAGGAAAUAGUGAUAAAAGUGGAAAAGGUUUUAAAGCCUGGAAAAAAAUCACCUGGCGAGAAAAAAAUAAGCAUGAAGGUGGAAAAGAUUGGACCGUCAACCGGUGAAACAAAGUCAGAGGUUCCUGUGAAGAAGGUGGCUGAGAAGCCUGUGGUUAAAUCAACGGUCAGAGAUGAACCCCAUAUGGGAAAGAUCCCAGAGAGCGUGGCGAAAAAGUCUGAGAUAUCCGUGGUAAAGGAUGAAACACCUGAAGAGACAGAAGAGGAAGAUUUAAACAGCAGUAAGAACAGUGAAAAGCACGCCGCUUUCAUGGACAAGAGAAGAUCCAAUGAUGAAUCUCAAAAGACUGACGAAGAGAUCGAGCUCGAGUUGGAAGGAGGACGAGAUAAAGAAGAAAGGAAGGCAGAAAAGGGAAAAACAGAUGAACAGAAGAUCGCUCAUGAAUUCGAUAAAGCGCUGAAAGCCGAAAGGAAUCGUGAGGAAAAGAAGCCCACAACAGCCAAAUCUGUAAAACCGACGACACGCAGUGAGACCAUUGGAACAGCGAAGGUGCAACUAGUUGACAAAGAUAAUGGAAGACAAACUAUUGCAGUAAAACGAGAUGAAGCAGACAAAGAGCUAGCCAUACUUAAGGACGAGACGGCUUCAAAGGAAGAGGACUCCAAACGAAUGUUAUCUGAUGAAGAACUGGAGCUCGCCGAAUUGGCCCAAAAUGCGAAGGAUAAUGAAGAUAAGAAAGACAAGGAAGCGGUAACAGAAAAACCCUCAAUAUCCACGCCAAAAGAAAUUGUCAAAACGGUGAACAAGAUCUCCAAGGUGACAGUAACAGUGACCAAGGAAAUGAGCAAAAUACCGCUGAGUGAGGAAGAAACGAAGAAAGAAGAAAAAAAGCUGACUGAAGAGUUGAAACAUGAAGAGAAUCAGGAGAAAGCAGCAGUAAGUAUCCAACUCAUAGUAUAUUCUCUUCUGUAAUCAAUUACUCUGCCGAUAAAUCUUUUUUACGCUGUCACAUCCCAAAAGAAAUAAGAGCUUCAACUUAAUAUUCUAUAUUCUUUUUGAACUGUUCAUUAUAUAUCGACGGAAGUGGGAGGGGGGGGAUUUUUUGUUUUGUCACAGUAAAACUGUAUAGGUGUUUCGAUAAUGCACCUUUAACAGGCAUUAAAUUUUGUAAUUUUCCAUUCAGGGUGUGGCAGAACAUUAACAAGGAAGUAGACGUUUGCUUUGUAUAUUUUAAGAUUCUUACACUGGAAGCUUUGAUCAAGCACUGUGAAACUGCUAUCAUAUCUCAAUGCUUACUAGGCCAUUUUUAAAAUUUUUAGACCUUGUGUUGGCCCUUAUUAGCGACUUUCGAGCUGCCAAACAACUGGAGCGAACGAGAUUGGCGCUCGCACGAAAAUGAGACCUCUCGCGCGCUCGCUUGGCUCGAUACUCGAAUUAUGCGAGCUUGCUUCGCCACUUGUGCCUUGGUGCUAAUGAAAGCCUACAGUUGUUCAACCCUUUCAGAAAAUUAGAAUGAUUUGAUUUGUACUUGUAUAUUGGGAAAAAUCAGACAUUUAUUUUGGUUCUCUGUGUCUCAUCCUCGCUUGGCUUUGUUACCUAUAGGUUCGACCUGUAAUUGUAAAAGUAGAGAAGCUCGUGAAAAGUCCUGAUACCAAGCCAGAACAGAAGGAGAAGAAGACGGUCAGCAAAGAAGAACUACAGGAAGCAGAACUUGAAGACGAGGCAGAAGCAUGAGUGCAACUUUUAAUUGGCGCUUAAACUGUUUGAUGAGAAUUAGUAUUUCGAGGGAAAUGUCGGUGAUAGAGUCCCUAAGAAGUAGAAUAUUGAUAUAAAAAAAGUUUUUUUUCAUUUCGCAUUUGAGAAUAUAUAACCGUCAGUAAUAAAAAAGCCGUAGAACCGUAUUAUAACUGUUCUUUAGUGCACAGAACAUUUCAACGUCCUUUUAGAACUAUCUUAGCAAUCGUAAUGAGGGCCGUUACAAUUUUCUCGUUAGAAGAUACUCUAACGGUGAAAAUGCUCGGCAGUAAUAAAGAAAAGCCGUAUCAAAGAUAUAGUGCCUUUAUUUUUUUUUGUUCAGUUUCUGGUUAAUAGCAUUGACAAUAAUCUGAUCUAUCAAUACUGGGAUCAACUCAGCGGGAAUUUCCCCAAGCUUAAUAAAGAGAACAGUGAGAAAUUAUAUAAGUCGCAUUAAAGCAAGCUUUUUUUUCUUUUCUUUUGUAAUCGGAACUUUAUUCGACAAGUUGCUUUGGAAGCCUCC